AGAUAGUGUUGUAAUCCUCUGUGACUCAGAGAAGGUUCCUUGAACCAACAGCAUUCAUAUCACCUGGAGCUUAUUAGAAAUGCAGAAUUCAAGCCCCUUCUCAGAACUCCUGGAUCAGAAUCUUUUCUUCAGCAAGAUCCCCAGGUGAUUCUUAAGGGAGACAGCCAAGUCGCAGUACCUAAGAGCCACAUUGCCUGAAUUUGGACCCUAACUCUGCACAGACAAGUUGUGUAUCCCUGGGAUCUAAGUGCCGAUCCUCACAAAGUGGGUUCUGGAAGAAGAGAGGAAGAGACGUCCUCAGGGCAGAGCUGGUGCCAUGGAGCUCCCCAACUACAGCCGGCAGCUGCUGCAACAGCUCUACACGCUGUGCAAGGAGCAGCAGUUCUGCGACUGCACCAUUUCCAUUGGCACCAUUUACUUCAGGGCCCACAAACUGGUCCUGGCUGCCGCCAGCCUCCUGUUCAAAACCCUGCUGGACAACACAGACACAAUCUCCAUCGACGCGUCCGUGGUGAGCCCCGAGGAGUUCGCCCUCUUGUUAGAAAUGAUGUACACUGGCAAGCUACCUGUGGGCAAGCACAACUUCUCCAAAAUCAUCUCUUUAGCCGACAGCCUCCAGAUGUUCGACGUGGCUGUUAGUUGUAAGAAUCUCCUGACCAGCCUCGUCAGCUGCUCUGUGCAGGGGCAGGUGGUGAGGGAUGUCUCCGUGCCGUCCUCUGAGCCGUUCAGGGAGGAGCCGGAGAAGCCGGAGGUAGAAAUCCUUCCCUCAGAGGGUGCAGGAGAGCUUCCUUCUGCCCCAGAGGGUUCCGCGCCGGUGAAAGUCGAGACCCAGGAAGCCAUCCACCUGGUUGCACAAGAGAUGAGCGUGGAUCCUGCCCCUGCCCAGGAGGUCCAGGGGGGUGCGGCCGCCCCGGCGGAGACUCCUCAGACAGCAGCGGCCUCUUCCCCCUCACCUGUCACACACGCCCUUGGUGAGGCGAAGGAGGCAGGCGCAGAACCAGAGGAUGAGAGGAAAUACCAGCUGAAUUUUCUUCUAGAAAAUGAAAGCAUCUUCUCAGACGCACUUUUGGAUACCCAGGAUGUUUUAACAAAACUAGAGGAAUGUUCAGAAAUUAAAGGUGUACAGAAGGAGAUCAUAAUGGGAUGUCUUACGGGUGAAGAAGGACAUUCCGCAUUCCGGAGGAUCCUGGGGAAAGUGAGAGAGGAGAGCCUGGGCAUUGCAUCCGUCGUGUCCCUUUUGAGGCUGUACCAAGAUUCUAAGCCUGCAGUCAAGACAGCACUGCGAGGCAGGAGGCCGGGCGCUGUGGAGGUGGCACAGCCAAAAGGGAGCACAGAGGAGGGAAAGACCUUGUCUGCCCUGUUACUAGAACACAAAGAGGACCUGAUCCAGUGUGUAACACAGCUGAGACCUAUUAUGGAGUUCCUGGAGACAGCCCAGGAGGGGUUCCUGACCGGCUCCGAGAGGAGGGUGAUUCUGAAUUGCUGCGAGGGCGGGACACCCAAGGAGACAAUAGAAAAUCUGCUGAACAGAAUGUCUAAAGAGAGGACCCUGACUGCUGAGAGUUUGGUAAAACUCCUUCAGGCUGUGAAGAUGAUGUUCCCGAACUUGGCCCUUCUGCUGGAGAAUUUGCAGAAACUAGCCACUUUGCCGAGCACCACAGUCCGAGCGAGCCCUGAUGAUUAUGGGACUGAGCUGUUGAGACGGUAUCACGAAAACCUCUCUGAGAUUUCCACAGACAACCAGAUGUUACUAAAAAUGAUCCCACACGUGAAGAGUUUAGCCCCUGGAGAAAGAGAGGUCAUGGAGAAGCUUGUGAAGCAUGACUCUGGUUCGGAUGGUUUCACUUCUUUGAUGUCAGCAGUUCUAGAAAAGCAGACUCUCUCUGCAACAGCCGUUUGGCAACUGCUGCUGAUGGUUCAGGAGACAAAGACCUGCCCGUUGAACCUGCUCAUGGAGGAAAUUCGAAGGGAGCCUGGUGCCGAUGCUUUCUUCCAGGCAGUGACCGCCCCAGAAAGUGCUGCCUUAGAAACCAUCCUGAGGCAUCGCAGGUUGAUCCUAGAGGCCAUCCAGCACAGGCUGGCACUAAAGGACUUUACCUCAGAGGAAGAGCGCCUGGUGGAGACGGUGAAGGAGAUGCUGAGCAUUUCCUCUGAGACAGCCAGCCCUGAAGCCUCCCUGAAAGCGGGGCUGAGCAGAGCCAUGGAAAAGGCCGUCUCGGCCACGGAAAUAUGUCGGCUCCUCUGCAGCAUGCACAGGUCCUUCCCAGGCCUGCAGCCUGUCAUGCAGGAGCUAGCGUACACUGGUUUCCUUACUCAGGAAAAUGGAGAGAAGGAAAGGUGGAAGGUGAGUAAUAAAUUUCACCUGGAAGCCAAUGACAAAGCAGAUGAACGGGCAGCUGAGCCAGUUGAAGAAGUCUGCCAGUCUGGGAAACAGAACGAUCAAGGAGAGACUAGUUCCUUGCCAGAACAGCAAGAGAAGGACGCUUCUUCCUCCCCAGACUCUGCCAAGAAGAGCUUCAUCUGCAAGGCCUGUGACAAAAGCUUCCAUUUCUACUGCCGCCUAAAGGUGCACAUGAAGCGCUGCCGGGUGGCCAAGAGCAAACAGGUGCAGUGUAAGGAGUGUAAUGAGACCAAGGAGUCUAAGAAAGAGCUGGAGAAACAUCAGCUGGAGGCCCACGGUGCGGGCGGAGAGCCUGACGUCCCCAAGAAGAAGAAGAAGAGGCUUCCGGUGACGUGUGACCUCUGUGGAAGAGAAUUUGCUCACGCCUCAGGCAUGCAGUACCACAAACUGACCGAGCACUUCGAUGAGAAGCCUUUCUCCUGUGAAGAGUGCGGGGCAAAGUUUGCGGCCAACUCUACCCUGAAGAACCACCUUCGCCUUCACACGGGGGACCGCCCAUUCAUGUGCAAGCACUGCCUCAUGACCUUCACCCAGGCCUCCGCCCUCGCCUACCACACCAAGAAGAAGCACUCCGAAGGAAAAAUGUAUGCAUGUCAGUACUGCGAUGCUGUGUUUGCCCAGUCCAUCGAGCUGUCCCGCCACGUGAGGACCCACACCGGGGACAAGCCAUAUGUCUGCAGGGACUGUGGCAAGGGCUUCCGGCAAGCCAACGGCCUCUCCAUCCACCUGCACACCUUUCACAACAUCGAAGAUCCCUACGACUGUAAGAAGUGCCGGAUGAGCUUCCCCACCCUGCAGGACCACCGCAAGCACAUCCACGAGGUGCACUCCAAGGAGUACCACCCCUGCCCCACGUGUGGAAAGAUCUUCAGCGCCCCUUCCAUGCUAGAGCGGCACAUGGUGACCCACGUGGGAGGGAAGCCCUUCAGCUGCGGGAUCUGCAACAAGGCCUACCAGCAAUUGUCUGGUUUGUGGUACCACAACCGGACCCACCACCCUGAUGUGUUUGCUGCUCAGAACCAUCGAUCUUCUAAGUUCUCAUCACUCCAGUGUAGCUCAUGUGACAAAACCUUUUCCAACACCAUUGAACACAAGAAGCACAUCAAAACAGAGCACGCAGAUAUGAAGUUCCAUGAAUGUGACCAGUGUAAGGAGCUCUUCCCCACGCCAGCCUUGCUUCAAGUUCACAUCAAGUGCCAGCAUUCAGGGUCGCAGCCAUUCAGGUGCUUGUACUGUGCGGCCACGUUCCGCUUCCCCGGAGCCCUGCAGCACCACGUCACCACGGAGCACUUCAAGCAGUCGGAGAGCACCUUCCCCUGCGAGCUCUGUGGGGAGCUCUUCACCUCCCAGGCCCAGCUGGAGGGUCACUUGGAAUCCGAACACCCGAAGGUGCCGGGGCCUGAAACCCAAGCAGCAACCUCGCAGGUGGUACAGGUGAUCCAAACCCCAGAGCCGCCGGUGGCCUCAACAGAGCAGGUGAUCACUUUGGAGGAGACCCAGCUUGCUGGCUCACAGGUGUUUGUGGCACUGCCAGAUUCGCAGACAUCUCAGACCAGCUCUGAGCUCGUGGCGGUGACCGUGGAGGAUCUGCUGGAUGGAACCGUGACCCUGAUCUGUGGGGAGGCCAAGUGAGCGGCUGCGUAUCCAGCGAUGGGGUCCUGCCUUUGCAGCAGAGAGAAAGCUCCACAGCUUGCCCUUUGCCCCUCGUCCCCGGCUGUCCUGAGUGCUGAGCAUCUUAGCCUAGCACCGACCAAAAUGGUCUCACUUGGAAAACAGACGGAGACGAGUCCUGGUUCCCAUCGAACCGCCAGUGACUGAGUCCUCGACGCCAACACCACCGCCCUCCGUAGCAGGCAGGCCGACGUCCCCCCAGGCCCACCGUGGCCCCUGUGACACCGCCGUCCCUCAGUGGAGGACAGCUUCUGAAGCCGAAGAGCUGCGGUAAUCAGAGAGGUGCGCGUGCCGGCGCCCUCUGCGCGGAGCUGAAGAUGCAGGACCACAGCCCACGCAGUGGGGCUGCAGACACUGUCAGUGCCUCUGGCCAUUUAAAAUUGAGAGAAAGACACCCACAGACCAUCCAGGGACCCCCACCCCCGCCCAGCCUUGAGCACACAAUGCCCUUUCCCCACUUCUCUCAUCCUCUCAGCUGCUUGGGUCGCCUGGCCCCCAGCUCCCUCGUGGUGGCGGGAGGACAGGUGGCAGCAUGUUAACGCAGGAGUGCGCCGUUUACACGUGGAGUGCCACCUGAUCAGGACAGUCAGCCCUUCCAGAAACGAGGCCUUUGGAGUGUUUCCGCCAGAUGUGUGCAGUCUGGGCCCUUCAGGAUGCUCUUCGUGGUCUUCUCUACCCGAAGGCUGGUUCCUGCAGCCUCUCCACAUUGUCUUCGUCCCCUUCCCUACCCAACGCCUACAACGUCUACCCUGCCUGGGGGCCUUGCCCCUCCCGCUGGAGCCUGUGCUGUAGCUGGGGAAGCAGUGCCAGGAGGAGUAGCGCCAGUGGCUGCCCCGGCUCUGCCUCCCGCUGCCGUCUCCCAUGCUGUGCAAGGGGCCUGCCGUCUGAGCUCUCCAGGCUGCCACCGCUGCCGCAGGUCAGUGAUCCUUUGGAGUCUGAAUGCCACAAAGCUUUUUUAUCUUCAGUUCCUAUCAUAUAAUCUGAUAAUUAAUGGUUUGUGGAAUCCAUUAUGAAGUGCAAUUAGAUGGAUGUAGGUUCCCGCGUUUGGAGGGAAUGACUAGCAUUUAUCUUCCUUUCCUCCGUGCCAGAAGGUAGGAGUCUGCUGGUGCAGUGUUUACACACAGGUAGGGCUCCCAGCCUCAGCGUGGGGCCUGACCCCUGCGGAGGGUGGUACCCAGUUUGACACAGUCCCUCCCGCUGUAGGCUGGCGGAAGCCUAGCCCAGCCCUUCUUUCUAAGCACAUUUCACAUCACCAGGGGCAAGCAGGGGCAAAAGGUCGCUUUUUGGUCAUGGUAGGGACUUUUAUUGGCACUGCUGGAAAGGUAGAAGGCGGACCCCUCAUACUGCCCAGCACGUC